CGUAAGAUCAGAAGUCAGACAUUGUAAGGGACAUACACUAUGUAAUCUUCACAGGUGAGGGACACAGUUGCUAAUAAUGAUGGACAAUGUCUCAGUUGUGACAGUAUUCAUUCUUUCAGAUUUGAAUAAGACGCUGAGCCACACAUUUAUUCUUUUCUUUCUCGCUUUACUGUGUCAUUUUGCAAUUUUGCUGGUCAAUAUUUCUCUUGUGUUGUGAGGGGACAGACAACAUAGACGUAGACAACACAAGGUCAGAAAAAAAAGGUCAAUUUUUCAAUCCACGAUGGAAAAUGUCUCUGAAAUAACAAUAUUUUAUCUCUCAGGUCUGAAUGAAGUGAAGAGCCACAGAUUUCUUCUCUUCUUUCUCAUUUUAUUGUGUUAUUGUGCAAUUCUGCUGGUAAAUAUUGCUCUUAUUGUGACUGUCGUCUUGGACAAAAGCCUCCACGAACCAAUGUAUAUUCUGCUCUGCACUUUCUGCAUCAACGGACUUUACGGGACAGCAGGUUUCUAUCCCAAAUUUCUGUGGGAUCUGCUCUCUCCUGUUCAUGUCAUCUCUUACUCUGGAUGCCUCGUUCAAACUCAAGUGAUUUACUCUUCUGUGAGCAUUGAUCUCUCUAUUCUUGCCGUCAUGGCAUAUGACAGAUAUGUGGCUAUAUGUCGACCUCUAGAGUACCACUGUGUCAUGUCCAGGCAAAGGGUUUUAAAGUUAGUGUGUUUCUCUUGGUUAACACCGUUCUGUGUUAUAGGCACAAACAUUUCUCUGACAGCACGGCUGAAGUUGUGCAGCCCUUUCAUCUCCAGACUCUUUUGUGUGAACUGGAUUAUUGUCUCCCUCGCUUGUUUUCCAGCUGAAACUCUUGUUAACAACAUAGUUGCAUACAUCACAAUACUCAUUUAUGUAUUUCAUGGUGUUUUUAUCGUUUGGUCCUACAUGUACCUCAUCAAAACGUGUGUGCACUCGAUGGAAAACAGGGCAAAGUUCAUGCAGACCUGUGUGCCACAUUUGGUCUCCUUAACAACUUUUCUUUUUACUGUACUUUUUGAUUUGAUGAGUACGCGGUUUGGAAAACAUUUACCUCAAACCCUCAAAAACUUUGUUGCCAUUGAAUUUCUUGUCAUUCCUCCACUCAUAAAUCCUCUCAUUUAUGGUUUCAAAUUGACCAAAAUUCGAAUCAGAAUUCUGGGUCUUAUUAGUCUGAAAAACAGUUAACCUUUGUAUGUGAUGCUUCAGACUAAAUAACAGUACCAUUGCAGAUCCAGCACGUUUGGUAUGUUUUGAUUCAUGUCUUUAUAGAAUAAAGUGUGUAUUUUUAAAACACAUCUUCCAAUUUCCAAUUCUUCUUCUUCUUCUUCUUGUUCCAGUAAGUUCAGGCAGGCUGUCCACUAAGAGGUGCAAAUGCUUCCCUCGCACAGUCUGAAGUCUGCAGUUGCCCUUCAAUCUCAUCCCCAUUCUUUCCUCUUUCCUUAAUAGAAAUUGAA